GUGCAUGCCGUGCCCUCUGUCUCUCCUGCAAGCCACUAAAGGCUGAAAAGAGUUAAGGAGAUUUAACAGCUUGGCUGCAGCUGGUCAGUAGGUGAGCGAGGAAGUGGCCUGUGGUGUGGACGGAGUGAGUGAAGAGGCAGCUCACUUGGCCAGGAUUAGGUGGGAUCUGGAGAGAUUACUGCCUUCUCUGUGUGUGUGUCUGUUUGUCUCUCUGUGUGUGUGUGUGUGUUCCUGGCUCUAUAGAAACAUUGGCUGGUUCAGACUUUUUCCUAUUUCAGUGUCCUUUGUCCUCGCACUCUGUGUAGAGGCAUGCAGAAAUCCUGAGGACUGCAGCAGAAAGUUUCUUUCCUCUUUUUUCAGUUCCUCAGUGAAAAGUUCAUCAACCAUGAAGCAGGCGGUGGAGGCUCAGGUUCUAAUCCCUCACUGUCAACUUGGAGAAGCAGGCCUGCGUCAGAUCCUGACAGAUGUGAUUGAGGAGGUGAGAAAGUCGGUGAGCCAGGACCUGGAUGGAGCAGAGAUCCUCCACAGUUUGUUGAACGCUUCCUGGCUGCACUCACUGCUCAAGGUGUACGAGUGUCUGGGACAGUACCUCAGAGACUCUCCUGCUCCGUUCCUGGACUUCGCUUCUGGACUCACAUUUCAGCUGCUGAUUGACAUCAGGUCACUGCCCGGCUCCUCUGAAGAGGCCAGAGAGUUGUAUCGUCUCCUGCGAAAGCCUCACAUGCAGGCUCUGCUUUUUGCCCAUGACACGGUGGCCCACAGAGACUACGGGCCAGUGCUGCCACCUAUGCCUGAGGAGCUGCCGGACGAUGAGGAGGCCACGAGGACUGUCUGUCUGGUCAAAAACAAACAGCCUCUGGGAGCGACUAUAAAAAGAAAUGAGAGCACGGGGGAGAUUUUUAUCGCUCGGGUGAUUCAUGGAGGACUGGCUGAUCGAAGUGGUCUGCUCCAUACAGGUGACCGGGUCCUAGAGGUGAAUGGUUUUCCUGUUGAUGGAAUGGAACCUGAACAAGUGAUUCAGGUUGUGGCCAGGUCACAGGGCACCAUCAUCUUCAGGGUCAUCCCAAUGACAGAGAGACCAGUCCAUAACAAGACCAUGCUCUACGUGCGGGCCUUGGUCGAUUACAGCCCACAGCAGGACCCCUACAUCCCCUGCGCUGAUGCUGGCAUGAGCUUCCAAAAAGGUAACGUACUGGAGAUCGUGGACCAGACAGAUGCCCUUUGGUGGCAGGCCAGAAAACUGCCUGACCACGCAGCCUGUGCUGGACUCAUCCCCUCCAACAACCUGCUCAAACGGAAGCAGAAGGAGUUGUGGUGGUCUCAGCCGUAUCAGCCACAAGCCUGCUUUCAAACCUUGAGCACCGUCGAAGAGGAAGACAUGAUGGCCAUCGAUGAGAAUUGUGUUGAAGCAGAUGAGGAGGCUUUUGAAUCUGAGGAGUUCAGAGAUGAGGAUGACGACUUCAGCACAAACACCAAAGGGAUUUAUUUAGCUGGCUUCAGGCGCAGCAUGCGCCUAUUCAGGCGUCGCUCUCACAACACCAGCCAGCCGACCUGCCCCACCCGCUGUCCCAGCAGCUGUCCCAGCAGCUGUCACAGCGCCCUCUGCAGCCCCUAUGAGGAGGUGGUGCGCUACCAGCGCCACACCCAGGACACCCAACGCCUCAUUGCCCUCCUAGGUCCUCCUAAUGUUGGUGUAAACGAACUUCGCAGGCGCCUGAUUGAAACAAAUCCCGACAUUUUUCAGGGAGCGUUGCCUCACACAACACGGGCUCCUAAAGAGUACGAGGAGUCUGGGAGAGAAUAUGUCUUCACAAGUCGCGAAAUUUUCAACAACAUGGUUCAGAACAAUAGGUUCCUGGAGCACGGCGAGUAUAAAGGAAAUCUUUACGGUACCAGUUAUGAUUCUGUGAAGGAAGUGUUAAAGGGUGGAAAGAUCUGCCUCAUUGACAUUGAGCCAAAUGCCAUUCACGCAGUGAGAAACCAUGAACUUAAGGCCUACAUCAUCUACGUAAAGCCACCUCCCCUGGAGCGCCUCCAGGAGACCAGGCAGGAUUCCUGCAUCACCACUAACUACUACAUCAACAGACCGUUCAAAAGCGAAGACUUCCAGGAAAUGGAAGAAUUGUCUGAAAAGAUUGAGUCCCAUUUUAGGCAGUUUUUCGACCACGUGAUUGUCAACGAUAAGCUGCAGGACUCCCUCGACCAGCUGAUGUCAGCUGUGAGAAAGGCACAGAACCAACCUCAGUGGGUUCCUGCCCGCUGGAUACGACCCACAACCACAGAACCAUAAAAGGAAACAAUCAGGCAAUAAAAAUUAAUGUUAUUGGAGCACCAAAAUUAUGAUAGUAUUUUUUUGAGUAACAAUUCAGAGGUUACUUGCUCUGUAUUUUUUAUUAUACAUUAAAGACGUUUUUUUUCUCUCUCGUCUGUUAUUAUUUAAGUAGGCUCUUGAAAAUAUUGUAUUUUGUGAUAUUAUUGUAAUAAAUAAAUCAUUUUUGAAAUGAAAAUGUGAUGUAGAAAUGCAUGAUGUCAAUAAAUGUUUGUGUAUUUGGUUCAAUGUAAACUUUGUGUAUCGUUAUAUACGUAGUUG